AAAAAGUAUCUUAAUUUGGUGGCGUAAUGCUGACAACUACGCAACACAAAAUAGUCAAUAUGCUGGGCGCUCUUUUGGGUUUUAGUUUACGCGCAUUUGAUUUAUUCUUCGUCCAUAUAUAUUCAAAGCAUAUCUUCCUCCUGUUUGCCGCUUCAACAAUCAACACUACUCACCAACUUUACGCAUAAUCCCCAUUAUUCUCCACCACAACUGGAACCCUAAAUAUAUUCCAAUCUUCAAUUCUCUUUCUCCACUCAUUUAGGUUUGAUUUCAAUUCACAAUUACACUUCAUCUGUUUAAUUUCAGUCUGAAUUUCAGGUGUGUUUGCUUCCCGAAUUAUUAGGGUUAGUUCGUUUCACUAUCGAAACAGAAUUCAAUUCACAAGUAGAGAUUUUCAAUCGUACAUUUACUGAAUUUGAAUUUGAGUUUGAGGUUAAUUUCAGUUGUGUUUCCCCAAUAAUUAGGGUUAGUUUGUUUCACAAUUGAAGGAGAAUUCAAUUUACAAGUAGAGUUUAUCGAUAGUGCAUCUAUUGAAUUUGGAAUUGAAAGUGAAUUUGGUUGUUUGAGUGGUGGAAUUGUUGGAUUUAAGGAUGGAAGGAAAGGGGAAAGUGAGGUUUACGUUAGGGAAACAGUCAUCGAUGGCGCCGGAGAGGGAAUUGGAGUCGGAUUCGGAUGACGGAAUGGAGGAGAUUGAUCCUAGGGUUAGGUUAAUGUUUUUCGCGAGUGAGGGGGAUUUGGAAGGGAUUAAGAAGCUUAUGAAGUCCGGAACGGAUGUGAAUUUUAGAGAUAUUGAUAAUCGGACGGCUUUGCAUGUGGCGGCUUGCCAAGGGUUUACUGAUGUUGCUGAGUUGUUGCUGGAAGGUGGUGCUGAAGUUGAUCCUAAAGAUAAAUGGGGUAGUACGCCUCUUGCUGAUGCAAUCCAUUACAAGAAUCAAGGUGUGGUUAAACUUCUGGAGAAACAUGGUGCCAAACAUCUGAUGGCUCCCAUGCAUGUAAACAAUUCUCGUGAAAUUCCAGAAUAUGAAAUAGAUGCCAAAGAACUUGAUUUCACAAACAGCAUCGACAUUACUAAGGGAACGUUUUCCAUGGCUUCAUGGCGUGGAACACAAGUUGCCGUUAAAAAGCUUGGGGAUGAAUUGUUUACCGAUGAGGACAAAGUGGCGGCUUUUAGGGAUGAACUUGAAUUACUUCAAAAGAUACGGCACCCGAAUGUGGUUCAGUUUCUCGGGGCUGUAACUCAAAGUAGUCCAAUGAUGAUUGUGAUAGAAUAUUUACCAAAGGGUGAUCUUAAGGCAUAUUUGAAAAGAAAAGGAGCACUAAAGCCGUUAAUUGCGUUAAAAUUUGCGAUGGAUAUUGCCAGGGGGAUGGGUUAUUUGCAUGAGAUUAAGCCAGAACCAAUCAUUCACAGAGAUCUUGAACCUUCAAAUAUUUUGCUGGAUGAUUCUGGGCAUCUGAAAGUUGCAGACUUUGGAGUCAGCGAGUUACUGAAAGGAACAAAUGCAGCCAAACAUAAAAAGCUUAUGAACUAUCAAGAUACUACCUCAAGGCGAUAUGUUGCUCCAGAGGUGUUCAAAAAUGAAGACUACGACACCAAAGUGGAUGUUUUCUCGUUUGCUUUAAUUUUGCAAGAGAUGAUUGAAGGCUGCCAACCGUUUGCUACAAAGGAUGAAAAAGAUGUCCCUUCAUUGUACGCUGAAAAAAGACGUCCUCCUUUUAAUGCUCCAUCAAAGAGUUACCCCCAUGGCCUUAAACAGUUGAUUGAAGAAUGUUGGCAUGAGACUCCAUCGAAAAGACCAUCAUUCAGGCAGAUAAUCGUGCGGUUGGAAUCAAUAUACAAUUCUAUUAACCAUAACAACCAUUGGAAGUUCCAGCUGUUGAAAUGUUUCGGGCUAACCAGCAUGUGCAAAGGAGACGAUUCUGAUACAAGUAGUAACAACCGUUCAUCGCGCAUCUAAACCUUUGGCUUGUUCAAGUAAUCUGAAAAUAGUUCUUUAUAUGGCUUAGGAUGUGGUGUUUGGUAUCAUUUAUUGCUUCUAGUGUGACCUGUGAUUAAUCAAAGAAAAUUAUAUUACGAAAUGUGAAUUAAUUUGUAGUUUGUGAAAGCACUGGUUUAGUGAAAAUGACAUUGGAUGGGGAAUAUGGGACAAUGAAAGGGGGGCCAUUGAUGGGCUCUCACUGAUUGGACAAGUAACAAACUUAAUGUGGAUGAAGAUAAGAACACAAUACGUCAAGACUAAUGUUUACCUCU